AUGGCGACAGCACUCGUUGGGAGCCCGACCAGCGCCGGCAGCAGCCGCGCGGAGCAAGAGCGGCAGUUCUCUCGCGACGGCGGCGGCAGCAGCAGCAGCAGCGGGCUGCAGCAGCAAGCUGACGCCGGGCCUCCUGCCGAGACGCUGCAGGCGACGCGUGAAAUGUGCGCCUACUGCUUCGAUGUGAUCAUCGCCCACUUCAACAACAUCGAGCCACCUCCUCCAUCGUUCUCCACGAGAUACGUCUGCGGCAUGUUCGUCACUUGGGACAAGCACGAGCACGGCACGGAGUCCCUGCGGGGCUGCAUAGGAACCCUUCAUCCUCAAGCCAUCUCGCAGCUCAGAGACUACACCUACAGCAGCGCGUUAAAUGACAGGAGAUUCGCACCGAUCGAGAUGCCAGAACUCGCCUCCCUCGACGUCUCCGUCUCGCUUCUUGUCAAGUACGAGCCGGCCCAACAUUGGGAAGACUGGGAGAUCGGCGUGCACGGCAUUGUGAUCAAGUUUGACGACGAUCGGGGGUCGAGUUACAGCGCCACUUUCCUCCCGGAGGUGGCGGCAGAACAAGGUUGGAGCAGGAAGGUGACCCUCUCACGGCUAGUGCGUAAGGCCGGGUACAAGCGGGUAGUGGACAGGGCUUUCCUUGCGGGCGUAGAGGUCACCCGCUACCAGAGCUCGAAGCACAAGCUGCCGUACCAAGAGUACCUGGAAAUGAGAAGGCUCGCCCAGCCUUAUUGACGCGUCAGAUCGGCGUACAGUCCGCCAAUAUGCCUGAGAGACUCUUCCGCGCCAUGCGCUUGGCUAGCUUCAUUCCCCAUUAGCAUCGUUAACGACCGUGUUUGCGUCUUGUUUCGCGCGUCCACAAAAUUUCUGCCGUUGAUGCAACGGGCCGGGCGUGCCCCCAAGAAAUUGGACUCGUAUGUACAGCAUUUUUGGAGAUCGAAACGGCUUUUUCCCGCGGAACAGCUGCACAUCAUGGUCGUCGUGUAUGACGUACGCGAACGAAGGCCUCCUUUCAUUUGGUUGGACGUCUGGACGUAUAAGGAUUUUAACGUGUGUCGGAAACCGCUGUAAAAAGCCGUCUCGUGUCUUCCGAUGUGUGAGCAUUGACAUCCGGAACCCGCUCACACAGCGACUCGGGGGUUCGGAGCAAGUUUUCAGUGCAUCCUUUUAGUUUUUUUGUUUUGAGAGAUGGUGGUGCGGUACUUCUCCCUUUUUGUUGGGGUGCUAGACAAGCGUAGCUUGUGCUGCGCGUAUUGUGACGCAUCU